CUAGAGUUGGGAAGACAUCGCUGAUUAUGUCUCUGGUCAGUGAAGAAUUUCCAGAAGAGGUUCCCCCUCGGGCAGAAGAAAUCACCAUUCCAGCUGAUGUCACCCCUGAGAGAGUCCCAACACACAUUGUGGAUUACUCAGAAGCCGAACAGAGUGAUGAGCAACUUCAUCAAGAAAUAUCACAGGCUAAUGUCAUCUGCAUAGUUUAUGCUGUUAAUAAUAAACAUUCUAUUGAUAAGGUAACAAGUCGAUGGAUUCCUCUUAUAAAUGAAAGAACAGACAAAGACAGCAGGCUGCCUUUGAUACUGGUUGGGAACAAAUCUGAUCUGGUGGAAUAUAGUAGUAUGGAGACCAUCCUUCCUAUUAUGAAUCAGUAUACAGAAAUAGAAACCUGUGUGGAGUGUUCAGCAAAAAACCUGAAGAACAUAUCAGAGCUCUUUUAUUAUGCACAGAAAGCUGUACUUCAUCCUACAGGGCCCCUGUACUGCCCAGAAGACAAGGAGAUGAAGCCAGCCUGUAUCAAAGCCCUCACUCGUAUAUUUAAAAUAUCUGAUCAAGAUAAUGAUGGCACACUCAAUGAUGCUGAGCUCAACUUCUUCCAGAGGAUCUGUUUCAACACUCCUUUAGCCCCUCAGGCUCUGGAAGACGUGAAGAACGUAGUCAGAAAGCACAUCAGUGACGGGGUGGCUGACAGCGGGUUGACGUUGAAAGGUUUUCUCUUUUUACACACACUUUUUAUUCAGAGGGGGAGACACGAAACUACUUGGACUGUACUUCGACGGUUUGGUUAUGAUGAUGAUCUAGAUUUGACACCUGAAUAUUUAUUCCCCAUGCUAAAAAUACCUCCUGAUUGCACUACUGAAUUAAAUCAUCAUGCAUAUUUGUUCCUCCAAAGCACCUUUGACAAACAUGAUUUGGAUAGAGACUGUGCUUUGUCGCCUGAUGAGCUUAAAGAUUUAUUUAAAGUUUUCCCUUACAUACCUUGGGGGCCAGAUGUCAACAACACAGUUUGUACAAAUGAAAGAGGUUGGAUAACCUACCAGGGAUUCCUUUCUCAGUGGACGCUCACGACCUAUUUAGAUGUGCAGAGAUGCCUGGAGUAUUUGGGCUAUCUAGGUUAUUCCAUACUCACUGAACAAGAGUCUCAAGCUUCAGCUAUUACAGUAACAAGAGAUAAAAAGAUAGAUCUGCAGAAGAAACAGACUCAAAGAAAUGUGUUUCGAUGUAAUGUCAUUGGGAUGAAAAGCUGUGGGAAAAGCGGAGUUCUUCAGGCUCUUCUUGGAAGAAACUUAACGAGGCAGAAGAAAAUCCAUGAUGACCAUAGAUCUUACUAUGCGAUCAACACUGUUUAUGUGUAUGGGCAGGAGAAAUACUUACUGUUGCAUGACAUCUCAGAGUCGGAAUUUCUGACUGAGGCUGAGAUCAUUUGUGAUGUUGUGUGCCUGGUGUAUGACGUCACUAAUCCCAAAUCCUUUGAGUACUGUGCCAGGAUUUUUAAGCAACACUUUAUGGAUAGCAGAAUACCCUGCUUAAUUGUAGCUGCAAAAUCGGACCUGCAUGAAGUAAAACAAGAAUACAGUAUCUCACCUGCUGAUUUCUGCAGGAAACACAAAAUGCCUCCACCUCAAGCCUUUACUUGCAAUACCGCUGAUGCACCCAGUAAGGAUAUCUUUGUUAAACUGACAACAAUGGCCAUGUACCCCCAUGCCCGGUUACGCUGUAUGUGCACCUGCAACAGGUGUACAUUUUGCAUCUGUCAGAACUUCCUCAACUCAGACUUGCUGCAAUCUGUAAAGAACAAAAUCUUCACUGCAGUUCUUAACAGGUUAAGAGCCCAGGUAGCUGAAUGGGGUGCCGUGCUGUUAGCAGACGACGAAGGCAGCGUCACUCACCAGGUGCACGCGGUCAGCUCUGUGGAGGAUUCCAUCUUCAUGGAGUCAUCUCGUGGUCCGCUUUUUCUUGAAGCCAGGCAUGUGACACAAGCUGACCUCAAGAGUUCCACGUUUUGGCUUCGAGCAAGUUUUGGUGCUACUGUUUUUGCAGUUUUGGGCUUUGCCAUGUACAAAGCGUUAUUGAAACAGCGAUGAUUAAAAAACAAAAAAACUACUGGCCCUACCAAAAACAAAUACUUUUAUGUACAUUCUGAAUGCUUUAAAUUCUGCUAGAAUAUUGAGAUAUUUAUACAUGCAGAGUUACUUUAUUAAUAUUUGUAAUUCAUGCAUAAGAGUAUUUUAAUGAUAGUAAUAACUGCAGUAUUGGCUAGUGUAUGGAAAGGAAACAGCUUAAUAGCCAAAUAAAAAUGGCUACAUUUCAGAGGCCAAAAGGGAAUAUUUUGUAAAUAAUGUAUAUAUUCAGACAAGAUGUGGUCUCCCAAACUGAGCUCCAGAAAGUGAUGUUUCUAGACAUUUCUACGUGGUAUUGUUAGUGCUCACUUGGCUCACUCUCCUAGACUUACGUCAGCCCAGAGAUUGUAUUUGCUCACGGACCACUUAUUUAUUUCACUUUUACUCAGAUUGAUUCUUUGGGUUCUGUAAGUACACAAGGCACACUUUGCCGUUUUCUCUCCAUUUUUAAAAACCCACACGAGUCAGUGUCAGAUGACCAACACAGCUUUGUUUCUGUCACUUACCGUAGGCCAACCUUGAAGCUAUCAUGCAGUGUAGAAAAUUAUGUAGCUGAGUGCCCAGCUCUCCUUUAAGGAAGAAACAGAGUAAAAGCAAUUAGCAGCCAUGUCAUCUAUGUGAUUAUGUUCCUGCCUCUGUCCGUAGGUGGAAUUUUAUAGCCCUUUCAGUCAAUUAAGGAGAACAAUUUAUAUAUUAUCAAUGUUUUUAGUUUAAAUAAACAAGUCACCCUAACUACUGUUGAAUUUCCUCCCAACUUGUAAAAUCGUUCUAUAAUGGCUGUGUCUGUUACAGCAUUACAGUAGCUGCAUGUGUCAUGAAGUGUUCUCUAUCUGGCUAGGGUAACCUAGAGGCAGCACUUUUUUUAAAUGGUAAAAUAAAUCUAAGGAAUAUAAACUGUCACGAUAAACCUAUUUUUUCCAUCAUUGACCUUUUCAAGUAUUUAAAUAAAUAACUGGUGUGUACUGUGA